GGAAGUGCCUCGUUGUUAGGGCUACAGAUCAACAACUGUGUAGUUGAGCAGUUCCUGCAAUCUCACGUGGUUUCACUGCGGAGUCAAGAUAUAUUAUCAUCAACAGACAAUAAUCUAGAAAAUGGAGAGACUGCCCAAAACAUAUGAUGAAUUUUUGCAAUUUCAAGGUUUGAAGGAUUGGCCAAAGCUACUUCCUGAUGAGGACGAGUUUAAUAUGAAUAUUCAACCUGAAGCAUUUACUUCAUAUGAAUCACUGUCACAAUAUGUUCAUGAACAUGCACCUUUACAGAUGGAGCUUCUCACUAACAUGGGGCAAAGAAUCGAUGAGCUUGCAUUGCGCUUAGAAAAAUUUGCUUCAAAGAUCCUGCCAGAUGAACCUAGGAAAUCCAAGGCCAACUUCAAAACUCAUCUUUUCUAUUUACCAGAGAAUCAUAUUUUUGUUUCAGCUUUUAUUAGACAAAUGAAGAAUUCUGAUGCAUUACUCAUACAUCCUAGUAGAAAGCUUUCAGAAGAACUUGAUAUAGCACACAAGAGCAAGACUGUGGAGUCUCAAACUUUUCCAGGCUUCAAACCUUUGGAGUUUACAAAACUUCCUGGACAUCUUGAAGCAAUGCAGUUGUUCUACUUGCUUAGAAAGACACAUACGUUUAGUCCUGCAUUUCAAACUACCUGGAAGAAGUUGAUUCUAUCCGAGCCAUCUGUUGCUAUUCUUCAAGAUGCAUUUUGGUGGUUCCUUCUUCACAAAUUUAAGCCUUCCAGAGAAGAUCAAGAUUACCUAUUUAGCAGAAUUGCAGACAGUUUUGUGGCACUUCUCAUGAUUGCCCCUGUUGAGGUGCUAGAUAUGUUUUUUCAGGUGUAUCCUGAUUGUUUAUCUCAAGCCAUCUUUGCAGUUUUCUACAAGUCUUUCCCAGGAUCACAUAACAAGUUUGGUGAUGAAUUUAAGAGUGAGCUAACUGAACUCAUCUCACUGUGGAUGACAGGGCUAAAGCCAGAAGAAUUUUCCUGGAGAAAAUGGAAUCUGGAACAGUUAGAAAACUCAAUGAGUAGAGGAGGUUCUGAAAUAAGAAAAAAUGUUCUGGCAGAAAUAGACCUCAAAGCAACCACAUUCCAUUUCAAAUUUGAUCUGGAUGAGGAAAUAGCAAACAAUGGCAAUCUGACAAAGGGAGAUCCAACAACUCUGAAAGCCUCACCUCCAGUUCAUAAGAUUGAGUCAUCUUAUAUUGGCCUGGGCCCAGAAUUCAGACAUGUUCUUUUCAGAUUUUCUGGUCGAAGCCCUUUGGUUUCUCACUUCCUCAACAUGAAGAAGAUAGAAGGGAGAAGUUUAGGUACCAUGGGACCAAAACUGAAAUGGAGUGAAAUUUCCAAAGAUUCAUAUCCUUUACUUCUAUCAAGUUGA